CAAGCUCUUCGACCACUACGUGGAGAAGCAGCUGAAAGCGGCCGCGGCGCGCGAGCUCUCCGUCGACGCCGGCGGCGCGACGGCCCUCGUGCGCGUCGUCGAGGCGGCGAACGGCACCCUGGCGUGCAAGGCCGUCGCGCCCAAGUGCGCCGCGGGCCACCGCUUCCGGGCGACGCUUCAUAACGACACGCUCGCGACGACGGCCGCGACGGCCGCGGCGCUCGGCUGCCGCCGCGCGCCGCUCCGCGACGGCGCCGACGCGAAGCGCCUCGCCUUCACGGUCGCCCACGCCGGCGCCGCGCCGGAGGCCGACGACGCCGCGCUCCCCGCGGACCUCGCGGGCCUGUCGCCGGGUCUGGUCGGCGCGGACGUGCACGCGGUCGUCAACGAGGCGGCGCUGGGGGCCAUGGCCGACGGCCGCUACGUCGCGACGCGGGCCGACUACCUGCGCGCCGUCGAGGACGUGCUCCUCGGCAAGCCCCUCGAGGACGAUCUGGACGGCGCGCGCGAGUCGCCCGACUGGCGCGUCGCCGUCCACGAGGCGGGCCACGUGCUCGCGUCCUUCGUGCUCGAGGGCGUCGACGACGCGAUCCGCGCGUCCGUGCGGCCGCGGGCCGGCGGCAGCCUCGGCGUCACGCUCCUCGGCGCGGACGACGCGAAAUCCGUGACGCGCGCGCAGCUCCGGGACCGCCUCGUGCUGCUCCUCGCGGGGCGCGCCGCGGAGUCGCACGUCUUCCGGGGCGACGUCUCGUCGGGCCCGAGCGACGACCUCAUGAAGACGGCGGAGCUGGCCAAGGCCAUCGUCGUCAACUUUGGCAUGUCGGACCUCGGCGCCGCCGCGGCCGUCGGCGACGCCGACGACGCGGUCCGCGCGGAGCUCAGGCGCGCGGAGGACGCCGCGCGGGACCUGGUCCGCGACCACGACCGCACGCUGCGAAGCGUCGCGCGGGCCCUCGUGAAGCGGGAGACCCUCGACGGCGCGGCCCUCGGCGCGCUCUUCGCCGAGGACGGCGCGCCGCGCGCGCCGGACAGGGUCGCGAGCGCCGCGGCGGGGUAAGCGCCUGUGUACAUUCGCCAUCAGAGGUGUUUAAAAGUGUGAUAAAUUUGUC